CGAGUUUCCUCCCAUUUCGUUUUGCGAAGUAGUAGUGUGUUCAAUUUCCUUCGCGUUUGCGAAAUAAAAUCAAUACAAGAGUAUAAAAAACGGGCGUAUCCUGUAAACACAAGCUAUCGUGUAAAGUUGGAAUAUUUAAACGUUACCACGUUUUUCGCUAAAUUUUUUUCGAAGAUGGUUCAAAAAGGACCUCGACCAUUGGUGCUUUGCGGCCCAUCAGGGUCAGGAAAAAGCACCCUCUUAAAACGUCUACUUAAAGAAUUCCCGGAUAAAUUUGGGUUUAGUGUGUCACAUACAACAAGAGCUCCACGUCCGGGAGAAAAAGAUGGAAUUCAUUAUCAUUUUACCAAUAAGGAUGACAUGCUUGCUGCUAUUGAAAAGGGUGAAUUCCUAGAGACAGCAACCUUUAGUGGAAAUAUGUAUGGAACUAGUAAACAAGCAGUGGAACAUGUUCGGCGUACUGGUAGGAUUUGCGUACUAGACAUUGAAAUGGAAGGGGUAAAACAAGUGAAGAAAACUGACCUGGAUCCACUUUUGGUGUUUGUAAUGCCACCCUCUAUAGAAGAACUUGAGAGGCGACUGCGUGCACGGAAUACAGAACAAGAAGAUGCAUUGAAGAAGAGAUUGGAGACAGCGAAACGUGAAAUUGAAUUUGGAGAACAGCCUGGAAACUUCCACAUCAUUAUUCUCAAUGAUAACUUGGAUAAAGCCUAUUCGGAUCUUUGUGAAUUUAUUUCAAAGAAUGUUCCGGAAAAAGUGGAAGAACCUAAUAACUCAAAUGAAAAUUGAAAUGGAUCAAUUUAUGGAAAAUGACAACCUACCUCUACCAGUCACAUCAACGAUGUAGAUUUUAUGUAUGUGUAUAUGUGUUAGAAAGUUGUUGAUGCUUUAUUCAUCCGGCUUCAUAGUUUUGAUGUUGCAGACCUUGAGAAAAGAUUUAUAAAUGUCUAUGUUCAUUAACAAUUUCUGCAGGGUACUACAAUAUA